GUACAGGCUGGGCUGGUGGUGGCUGCAGAAGGAGAAGAACAAGGAGGAGGUGGAAGAUGGUGGAAUUAGAGGUGAUGGCUGCUGGACCUACCGGCUGUCACCUACUUACCUGCUAACAGCAGCCUGCCCGUGCCAGCCUGGGAGCCUCAGAUGCUCUGUGUUGGCAGUGUGACAGACAGUGAGGGUGAGCAGUCCACAGAGAGCGGUGAUCACAGGCUUUGUGGCUCUGAGCCAAGAUGUUGAUACAAUAAGUAUCUAACUCAAUCUAACCUGCCAUGAACCACUUAGCGGGAUCUCAGGAGGUGGAGAUGAGUGAUGAGCCUGGAAACGCAGACAUCAAUGAGUCAGUGGAAGCUGACCUUGAGCAUCCAGCGGAGGGAGAACAUCAGUAUGCAUCUCCUAACUCACGGCAUCUGGCCGAGGAGCAGGAAGGACACUCUGGGCAAGAAGAAGAGGGCACACUUGCCAGAUCAGCUAGCACCGAAAGUGGAUUUCACAACCACACAGAUACAGCUGAAGGGGAUGUAAUAGCUGCACAGGUAGAUGCAUAUGAUGCAGAUCGAGGUCAGGAUAACGAGGACGAGAGUGCGUAUGCCAUUCAAUAUAGGCCUGAGUCUGAAGAGUACACUGAAAAUGCAGAAGCAGAACACGGUGAGGCUCUGCAUAACCGAACUCUGCCUAAUCACUUGCACUUCCAUGGUCUGGAUCAGGAGGAGGCACUAAGUGCGGCGUAUUCUGGUUAUGUAUAUACCCAUCGACUCUUCCACAGAGGGGAGGAUGAGCAAUAUGCAGAACCCUAUGCAGAUUAUGGAUUACAAGAGCAUGUAUAUGAGGAAAUAAGUGACACGCCUGAGUUGGACAUUAGGGAGGGCCUUCGACUUUAUGAGCGGGAAAGAGAAGAAGCUGACAAUUAUCGCAAAGCAGCACUUGGUGCUCGCUUACACCACUAUGAUGAGCGAUCUGAUGGGGAAUCUGAUAGCCCAGAGAAAGAGGCAGAGUUUGCACCUUACCCAAGGAUGGACAGCUAUGAACAAGAGGAAGACAUUGAUCAGAUUGUGGCAGAGGUCAAACAGAGCAUGAGUUCUCAGAGCUUAGACAAAGCUGCUGAGGACAUGCCAGAAGCAGAACAAAACCUAGAUCUUACUGAAACUUCCAAAGUUGGUGGGAGCAAUGUGAGUAAUGGUAAUCUGUCAUCUGGCUCUAAGACUGUGGCUAAUACAGGUGAGAUACAAAGAUACAGCAAGGAGAAGAGGGAUGCAAUCUCUCUGGCCAUCAAGGACAUUAAAGAGGCAAUAGAAGAAGUAAAGACCAGGACGAUUCGUUCCCCUUAUACUCCUGAUGAGCCAAAAGAGCCUAUAUGGGUGAUGAGGCAGGAUAUCAGUCCAACCAAGGACUGUGACGACCAAAGUCCCUUAGGGGGAGAUUCUCCUUCUCCAGAAUCUUCAUCACCCCAGGGAGCAGAAUCAACAAAUAGACAUCAUCAAAAUGCCUGUGAUUCUACAGAAUCCUCGUCAAAUAAAGAGUCAAGAAAAAGCUUGGCUUCAUUCCCGACCUAUGUGGAAGUUCCUGGACCCUGUGACCCAGAAGACCUAAUUGACGGAAUUAUUUUUGCUGCCAACUAUCUUGGCUCCACGCAGCUGCUCUCUGACAAGACCCCUUCUAAGAAUGUGCGCAUGAUGCAAGCACAAGAAGCUGUCAGCCGAAUUAAGAUGGCCCAGAAAUUAGCCAAAAGCAGGAAGAAGGCUGCAGAAGGAGAGGCACAGCCUAUGACAGAAGUGGAUCUCUUCAUUUCUACGCAGAGGAUAAAAGUAUUAAAUGCAGACACGCAGGAGACAAUGAUGGAUCAUCCUCUGAGGACCAUCUCUUACAUUGCGGAUAUUGGAAACAUAGUUGUCCUUAUGGCACGUCGGCGUAUGCCACGCUCCAACUCUCAGGAAAGUGUAGAGGCAUCCCACCCAUCCCAGGAUGGCAAGAGACAGUACAAAAUGAUCUGCCACGUAUUCGAAUCUGAAGACGCGCAGCUAAUUGCUCAAUCCAUCGGACAGGCGUUUAGUGUUGCUUACCAGGAAUUUCUGAGGGCAAAUGGUAUUAACCCAGAAGAUCUGAGCCAGAAAGAAUACAGUGACUUGCUGAACACUCAGGACAUGUACAACGAUGACUUAAUCCACUUCUCCAAGUCUGAAAACUGCAAAGAUGUAUUUAUCGAAAAACAAAAGGGGGAGAUUCUUGGAGUAGUGAUUGUUGAAUCUGGUUGGGGAUCAAUCCUGCCCACAGUUAUUAUAGCCAACAUGAUGCACGGAGGACCCGCCGAGAAGUCGGGAAAGCUAAAUAUUGGGGACCAGAUUAUGUCUAUCAAUGGCACUAGCUUGGUUGGUUUACCAUUGUCUACCUGCCAGAGCAUCAUAAAGGGCUUGAAAAAUCAAUCCCGUGUGAAGCUGAACAUCGUUCGGUGUCCUCCAGUUACCACUGUUUUAAUCAGAAGACCCGACCUCCGAUACCAGCUUGGCUUUAGUGUACAGAAUGGAAUUAUCUGCAGCCUUAUGAGAGGUGGCAUUGCAGAGCGAGGAGGAGUGCGCGUGGGCCAUCGUAUCAUUGAAAUCAAUGGACAAAGCGUUGUAGCUACUCCUCAUGAGAAAAUUGUUCAUAUUCUCUCCAAUGCUGUUGGUGAGAUACACAUGAAGACCAUGCCGGCAGCAAUGUACCGACUACUGACCGCACAAGAACAACCGGUUUACAUCUGAUCGCCUCACUUCACAGCUUGCAUGGAGGACAUUUCUCCUCACUUGUGGUUGUUUUCAUAGUGCUGCAUAUGUGUCUACAGAAACAUCUCCAACCCACUAGUUGCACUCUCUGACGCUCAUUCAUUUUUUUUGUUUGUUUUUUUAAAGUCCUCUCUCUAUGGGUUUUCAAGGUGAAUAAUUUUACAGAAAGCUGAAAAAGCAUUAAGUGAUGUGUUCCCACUAUGAAUAAAGCUCUACAUCACCCUAAGAACAAGCUCUACAUUACCUUAAGAUCAAAAAGACUUUUACAGCCCAUUGAUAUGCCUGAGCAAUGAGUCUUCUCGUCCCAGAAGGUGUCAAAGCAGAAGAUUGUUUACUAAAAAUGGUAAUUGAGUUCUAAGAAAGAGUUUCUUUUGUUGUUGAUUUUGUGUUUUUAUUUUUUCUGUUUUUCAUUUUGUUUGUUUUAUUGUGAGGGAUUUCAUUUGACUGCUAACUAGGUUCUUAUUCAUUAAACUGUAUGUUUCUUUAAUGCACUAACCUGUUGAUCAUGAUGAUGAUUGGGAUUGGCCAGUAGUCAGCAAAUACAUUCCAUGGGACGCCCGUUCAUGCAUGCACAAUAGCUGGAGAGUGAAUAGGGAGUAGACUAUGCAUGGAGGCAUUGCACUACCGUUGAGGCACUGUCAUGGAUCUAAAAUUGUGAGGACUAAGCAAGGAAUGCAGAGCGAGCCUUUAAGGUCAGACUUUAACCAGCACUUGGAGCUUAAUCUGGUAUCAGAGUCACUGAGGGCAAAAGAACUUGCUCAAGCUGCUCAAAUAAGUGUAAUACUGAAGGAUAUUUACAUUUCUGUGUCAGUGGCCAUCACAUUCCUAUAUAUUUGUAUCUAGCAUCCAAAAACUCUGCGUUUAACAUUAGAAUUAGCACUUCUUUUUUUAAUUUGCCAAGAUGAAAAGUAAACCAAACAACAGAAUUCUUUUUUCUGUCUCUCAUUUGAAAAAUCAUGAAUAUAUUGUAGAUAUAUUUAAAGAAAGCCGAUGUGCUAUGUAAGGUUUUGUUGGGUUUUUUCCCUUCUGGGGUCUACAAGACUGUACAGAGCAUUACAUCAUAAUGCAAUAAUCUGCAAAAAAAAUAAUUUGAAAAAAAAAAAAAGUGCUUAACACAAGGAAAAAUAAUUUUGACAAAUAUUGUAUUAGCAGAUCAGCUCCCUAAUAAGAAUUGUAUUUGUGUGUGGGAUACUUAGAAUGAAAAAGAUUCCUCAAAACUCCUCCCCCACACACUAUUACAACAUCAACCAACAAUGGAAGUGGAAUUGUGAAGAUUCACUUGUUCAAUCAUAAUGCUGGCACUAACUUUAAUUCUGCUUAUACAAUGUCUUCUCCAGUACAGUGUAGUGGGUAUUUUUAUGUUGCUGGUGCUUUAUAGCUGCCAUACCAAUAGUAGUCCCAACACUGAACAUAUUGAUGGAUUAUCAAACUGUGUUAGAACCUAUUUAUUUAAGAACUAAAAUCUUAGUUUUAGGUACCAAGUUAGACUAAUCGCAGUGGAGCAUGACACUCUAGGAGGUGACCUCAGCAAGGUUUUUAGAAAAUCCUCUAGUGAGCGCUCGCUGAUACCCUGUGGAUCACAAUAAGAAGUCUUCUCUGCUGAGGUAGUAAAUACUAGAGGACGUGAUGAUGAGAUUUCUAUGUGCACAAUACUUUAGGAAUUAAUUCUGGUAACUAGGGAUUUAAGGACAAAAUAGCCUCAGUGACCUUUAUAUAGCUUCGUAUUACAUGUAAAUGUGAAAGAGUGGUAUAUAGACACUAAGUGAGUCUACAAAACUCAACAUGUGACUUCUCAGAAGGAUUUAAAAAUAUUGAUGCACUCCCAAAAUACAGAAUUCAAUUGAUGGGGGAACUAGAAAAAAACACUUCUCAAUAUAUGUAGAUUUAGAAUUUCCCUAAACAUUAACACACACCAUGCAUAUGUUUACAGAUACACUUUGAAGUCAUUCCUUUUAAUUUGUAUUUUUGUACAAGAAAGAUAGUCCUUUGAAAGAACCAUGCCCUCUAUUUUGUUGUUUACUCUUCUCCAGGUUAAAUCAAGUGUAACUAAAAUAGCGGGAUGGUUUGAGUUCUCCUUUCCAGACAGACACGAAAUGUGACUAAUAUUUAUUUUGUGAUGUAGAAAUAUUUUUUUUUCUGUAUGUCAGGCUCAUAUCAAUGAUUUGUGUGAGUUUUCAACAUUUAGUGCGUCAUGGAAAUAAUAAGCAUUAAAUUCGAAGUGAUGUGUA